AUGCAAGAUAUGUUGGAUGACAUCCGGGCAGGCACCUUCGUUGAUGUGCCCCAAGAUAGCACUCCUGCGGCAAACAGGCCACCAAAGACUGUAGAUUCACCAGCACUAUCUUUCGACCAACUACUAGAGGAUGCCCGACGUCCGUUAUUCGAUGGGUGUACAAAAUUUUCAAAACUGUCAUUCGUUGUCAAGUUGUUACACAUCAAAUCAAUCGGUGGCUGGUCAAUGAAGUCAUUUGACAUGCUACUUGAUUUGUUGAGGUCUGCCUUUCCUGAUGCCCUAUUGCCACAAUCAUAUGAGGAGUCAAGGUCUUUGGAGCGCGGUUUGGGCUUCAAAUACCACAAAAUCCAUGCGUGCCCCAAUGACUGCAUUUUAUUUUGGAAGGAAAAUACUGCUCUUAAUGAAUGCCUUGUAUGUAAGGCUUCGAGGUGGAUACCAAAUACACACGGGUCACGCGCGAUACCUCAAAAAGUGUUGCGCCACUUUCCUUUGAAACCGAGAUUGCAACGCCUCUUUAUGUUUGCAAAGAUAGCAGGUGAUAUGCGAUGGCACAAAGAGCAACGGAUUCAGGAAGAUACUCGUAUAAGACAUCCGGCCGACUCUGAGUGCUGGAAGAAAUUUGAUGAAGAUCAUGGUUGGUUCGCUGGGGAUCCUAGCAAUGUUAGGCUCGGUCUGGCAAGUGAUGGCUUCACUCCCUUCAACAACUUGGCUAAACCUCAUAGCAUUUGGCCAGUGAUCCUUGUACCCUAUAACUUGCCGCCAUGGUCAUGCAUGAAAGAACAAUUCUUCAUGACAUCUUUGAUUAUUCCUAGCCCAAGGUCACCAGGGAAUGAUAUCGAUGUAUACUUGCAGCCGUUGAUCGAUGAACUGUUUGAAUUUUGGCAAGAUGGGGUACCUACAUAUGAUGCCUUAACUAAGGAGACGUUUAUGUUGCAUCCUGUCUUAUUGUGGACAAUCAAUGAUUUUCCUGCCUACAGGAAUUUGUCUGGCUGGUCAACAAAGGAGAAAUUGGCUUGUCCGUCUUGCAAUUCUGACAUAGACACCAAUUGGUUAAAAUAUGGUCAAAAACAUUGUUACAUGGGACAUCGACGUUUCUUACCACCAGAUCACAUGUGGAGAAGGAGGAAAGGUUUGUUCAACGGUAGAGAAGAUCAUCGCAUGCCACCAAGGGAUAUAGGAGCUGAAGAUAUUCAAACCCAAUUGCAGAUGAUUGGGGAUGUUCAGUUUGGCAAAUCUCAUAGGAAGAAAAGACGCACUGCUGAAGAGCUGAACUGGACAAAGUCUAGCAUAUUCUUCGUGUUACCUAAUUGGUCAACAGUUCGACUUCGGCAUAAUUUAGAUGUUAUGCAUAUUGAGAAGAAUAUUGCCGAUAACAUCUUAUUCACUUUAAUGAAUAGUGCAGGGAAAACUAAGGAUAACAUCAAUUUAAGGCAUGACUUGGAGAUUUUGGGCUAUAGAAAAGAAUUACACUUGAGGCGUGAUGGUCAUCGUGUAACAAUGCCAUAUGCUGACUACACAUUACAUGGAGAUGAAAGGAAUAAAUUUUGUGAGUGGCUGUCUAAUAUCAAAUUUCCAGAUGGGUUCGCUUCGAAUAUCUCGAACUGUGUUUCUCUACGUGAUUGCAAAAUCUUAGGGUUGAAAAGCCACGACUGUCACGUUUUCCUUCAAUGA